CAAAAGUUGGUGUCUUUCACUAUCUCCCUCAUACAGGUGCUCCAGAGCGUGAGAAUGUCCACAGCACACCUCUUCAUCUCUGGGGUGAUCAUCCUCUCCACUCUGUCAGGAGCACAUGGAGAUGAUGGAUACUACACCUCCGUAGUUAAUCAGUGUCGAUUUAGCUCCUCAAACCUGACAGAUCUGGAGUUCAUUAAGUCUUAUUGGUUUAACAAGGACCAGAUCAUAGUGUUCAACAGCACGGUGGGGAAGUUUGUGGGUUACACUUCGUUUGGGGUACAUAAUGCAGAGAGAUGGAACAAGGACAAAGAGUAUCUGGAAAAGAUGCGUGCUGAGAAAGACAGAUCCUGCAAGCCCAAUGCUGAAAUUAAGAUUAAUAACAUACUGACCAAGGCAGUUGAGCCAGAGAUGACGCUGAGGCUGACGAGAGCAUCCAGUGGUGGUCAACCUGCUGUGCUGAUGUGCAGUGCCUACAGUUUCUACCCAACGCCCAUCAGAAUGACCUGGUACAGAGAUGACCAGGAGGUGACCGGUGAGGUGGUAUCCAGUGUGGAGCUGGCGGAUGGAGACUGGUACUACCAGAUGCACUCCCACCUGGUGUUCACCCCCAAAUCUGGAGAGAAGAUCUCCUGUGUGGUGGAGCACUCCAGCCUGAAGGAGCCCAAGGAGUUGGUCUGGGAGCCCUCCUCAGAGCCCUCCAUGUCCCAAGCUGAGCGGCAUAUGGUUGCCAUGGGAGUAGCAGAAAUGGUGCUGGGGCUGAGUCUGGCUGCUGCCGGCUUCAUCUACUACAAGACAAAGUCCACCACAGGGCGGAUCUCGGCAACCAAGACCAGCAUGGACAAAGGUUUUCAUCAGAUGAAUAUGGAUAGCAACUUCCUCCUUUGGCUAUUGAGUUCUUACAGAUCUUUCUCAGUGCACUGUGAUUCAAAGACCCCGUUGAAGAAAUCAAUCCAGAAUACUGUGUGCAGUGACCACUAAGUUUGCUAACUGGUGUGAAUUAUACAAUAUGUCCUCUCACCACACUCUGAAUGAAGGUGUUGUGUGUGCAUUAAAACUUCAUAGUUUCCUUAAACUGUUUGACAUCUAUAAUAGUGCCCAGAAACUUAUUCUAUUCCACAGUGAAUAGCAAUUAUACAAUUCAUAUUUUUUUUAUUGCACCAUUCAUGGACCUGGUCAAUCCCAGUCCUGUAGUCCUGUAUAUUUUUUUGAGGCCUUGAGUUGCAGAACCAUAUCCAUAUUUUCACAUUUUUAACAAUAUUUUUUUUUUACAUAAAAUCAUGUCACAUGUUUAUCUACA